AUGGUUUACGGUGAAUUCGUGCAUAUUCUUGACUACUAUUUCCGUCAACUACGUGAAUAUUCUCGUCAGGCACAACUCGAAAGACAAGGAGAUCCUGAACGACGGCGAAGUAGUUGGUCACCGAAACAUUGGUUCGGAGUAAAAAACGGAAUAAAUCCAGAUGAUAUUCUAAAACUUCCGAUACAUUUUGAUGAUCUCCCUCUUUCUCCGUCCUCUUCCCAUCCCGCUAAUAUUCAUUCCCAGCACCAUCAACAUCAUAAUUAUCCCGAUACUACUCUCUCCUCAUCAUCCGCUCCAUCUACUUCUAAUUAUUUGAGCACAUCACAAUAUUCGGAUCAUCGAAGAUCUCUGUAUAAAGUUGACGUUGAGAAGUACUGGGAGCAAUUGCUCCUUCAUAAACUUCUUCCGUCACCGACGGACCGUAAUAUGCUAACAAAGUCAAUAGUGAGUAGUAGUGGAGAUUCUGGAAUUUACGACGACGGAAGUGGCGGUAUUAUGCCGUAUAUAGAUGAAGAUGAUGAUCUGACGCCAAUUAUUGUGGCGAGGCCCCCAAUUGGUAGUGGUUACUCGAAUGGAAGAAAUGGAUGGCAUCGAUCGCCACGACAGUAUAUAACUAAUUGGUGGAGCGAUACACUCAUCAAGAAGCUUCAUGUUCUGGUCAACAACACAAUUGAAUUAUUAUGGAGGAUAUUGGAAGUUCAUAUUUCCAAAAUUGUGUUUAUUGUUAUCGCAUCCCUGCUCGCCGCCAACAUGGAUGCUAUUUUCAUUCCACUCGUUAUUCUUCUAUCACUGGCAGUAUGUCUACCAUCGGCUGCCGACGGAAUCUUCUCAUUAUUCAUGUGUGCCUAUCUGUUCAUAAUUGCACUUACGAAGAUGGUUUACCAACUUGAUGUCAUCCCAGAACUGUCUGGUAUCGACCGAGGAGUCGGCGCUGAAAACUGUACAUUCAGCAAUAUUUCAAUGGCCGACUGGUUUGGAUUGAAGAAAGAACAGCACAGUGAACCGAUUUAUAUGAUUUUCGGAGUGAUUGGCUCAAUCGUUGCUUUGGCAUUCCAAUCGAUUGUAAUGUAUCGUCAAAAACAUCAUCGAUCUGCUCUUGGACUUCCAGAAGCAUUACGAGGAAAAGUUUUCCCUGAUUUCUAUCCAGCACAAUACGAUCGGUCUCUGAAACACGCAAUUCAAUUUUUCAUCGAUUAUGGAUUCUAUAAAUUCGGGUUUGAAAUUACUCUUAUCGUAAUGGGAGUUGAUAUCUGGCUUCGAAUGGAUGCUCUCGCUGCAAUUCAAUGUGUUUGGCUACUGUUAUUCGCUUUGAACAAAAGACUGUUCAACCGCCGACUAUGGGUGUUCUACGUGAUUUACAUGUCAAUUAUAUUCCCUCUGGAAUUCAUUAUGUAUGUUGGACUGCCGCCUGACAGUUGUAUCGAAUAUCCAUGGUCUGAAUGGCUGUCGUCGUAUUCACCAGAUGUCAAUUACAACCUCGGUAUGCUUCUCAAUUUACCCACAUAUGGUAGAAAAUGGAAAAAGGUGUACUUCUUGUGCGACUUCUUUGUGCUGUUAUUAGCGUCUUGUCAACUUGCUGUAUUCCGACGAGAAGGCGAAGAUAAUGAUUCGAUUUACAAAGAUGGCCAAUAUAUUAUCAAACACGAAAACCCUCAUCACGAUUUCAUAGACUCGAAAAAGAGUUACGUGGAUUACUUCAAAUCAUUCGUAUUCCAUUACGGCCAUUGGAUUACUUUAAUGGCUACUUUGGGCGCUGGAAUCGCAGGAACGUCUCUGUUUGCUCUCGGAUACAUUAUAUUCACAUUGACGAUGCUCUGGUCUGGAAACAAUUUGUAUGUGAUGAAUGCUAGGUUAAGAUCAUUCGAGCACACAUUGAAGAGAUGGAAUAUUCUGUUGAGUUACACUUUGCUCUCGAUUACAAUGAAAGUUUGCAUUCAGUUAUUCGGAUGUGUAUUCCUUUCAUGGUUUGACAAGACUGGAACAGCUGGAAAAGUACUCUGCAUCACCCGUCAACUUUUCAGUAUCAUAUGUGUUAAUGAUCAGUGUCAUGACCUUGUGGAUCUCGAUUCAUUCAAUAAAUCAUGCAUGGUUGAUAAGAAAGAAGCACAAAUCGGAUUCGAUAUUGUUGCGUUGGGAUUCAUUAUCUUCCAAAUACGAAUUCUGCAUUCUUGGUACUUCCAACACUGUAUGGUCGAGUAUCGAAGUGAAGUGAUUCUAGCAAAUAGAGGAGCCGUUCUCAAGAAUCAGCUGAUCGAAAAAGAGAUGAAAGAACAAAACGAACAACAGAAGGCAAAGUUCAAUGAUAUCAGAAGAAGGACGGAAGCGAUUCGAGAUAGAUAUCAAAAGCAAAUCGAACGUGGAUCCGUUGAAAGAGAUUUCGAGCCGAAAACUUAUGGACAAGCCAAACGAGCCGGUGACUACUACAUGUUCAAGUAUGACCCGGAGAAUGAUGAUCUUGUCGAACCAGUGGAUAGCUUCGUGCCAGAAAUGGAUCCAAAGGCUACCGCCUAUGAUCGACUCGAUCCUGGACAGAUAAUGUACGCUGCCACUGCUCACGACCUCGACCUCGCCAAAACCGUGCAACAAGUCAAGAAAGGAGACUCAAUCAAGGAUGCAGAUGAUCGCGCACUCACCGCGGUUUCUGAACCAGAGAUGCGUAAAAAGGGAGGAACGGAAGCGACAGACGGCGAUAAACAAGAGGAUGAAGAGAAUAAGGACUCAAAGGUUGAAUCAACUGCCAAAUUUGUACAGAAGAUGAUAGCGUCGGCAUUGGAUUUAUUCAGUGUGACAUUGAACAAGUUGUGCCGUGAACACCGAUACGUUGGAUUCGUUUUAAGCAAGGAGAAACAGAAAUUGAAAGCCGGACAUUCAGAAUCUCUUUCGAAUACAUCAAGAAAACUGACUGAAAUACGAACGGACGUUGAUCUUCCAAGUCUUCAACUCGUACACUCGGAAAAUGACGUGGAAAAGAUGGAGACUGCAGUUAGUGUUGAUUGGCAACAGAAAUCAUCGGCCACCCGUCUUCUGAAUGCUGUUGUCAAUUGUAUUGGAGCUCACACUGACAUUCUCUGCUACUUCUUCGCAAUUAUGACUCAAGUAGAUACUGGAGGUCUUCUGACUAUUCCACUCCCAUUGAUGUCUCUAUUCUGGGGAAAUCUAUCGAAUCCACGACCAUCGAAAUUCUUCUGGGUCACGAUGAUCACCUAUACUGAGUUUGUGAUUGUUGCCAAAUUCAUCUGUCAGUUUGCCUUCAUGCCAUACAAUCAGAAUGCAUAUCUUACGGAAAACGAAGUGAAUCCAAUGUCCCUUGAUAAACUCUUCGGAGUUCAAAAGAAGAACUCGUUCGCAUUCUAUGACAUCCUUCUGCUCUUCUCACUCUUCUUCCAUCGUUAUAUGCUUAGAAAGUUAGGGUUAUGGAAGGAUGCCAAUUUGACUGAAACAUUCAAGGACGAAACAACAGAGUCUCGAUCACCUGCCGGAUCCGAUGCUGGAACACCGAAGAAGAAGAAACAAGAGCCAAAGGUUGUAGUGACACAAUCUGAUCCAUUGGAAGGAACAAGUGGAGGAGAGAUCGUAAUACCAUCCGAUACAAAUGCCGUUGAUGUCGUUGAAGACGUUGAUGAAACAAUUGAAGCUCCACCAGAGAAACCAAGUGGACCUAUUGGAAGAUUUAUUCAUCAGUUGUUCCACCCGAAAUUCCGUUACAUUCGUGAUUUGUACCCAAUAAUGUUUGGAAUUGAUGUCAUCUGCUUCCUUAUCAUGACUAUUGGAUACUCUUCAUUUGGAGAAGGAGGAUCUGGAAAUGUUCUUGAUGACGUCAAAGCAUCUCGUAUUCCAGUCACAUUGGUUGUUAUGCUCGUCGGAAUGACUCUCGCUAUUAUUGUGGAUCGUGCUUUAUAUCUCAGAAAGUCAGUUGUUGGAAAAUUGGUCUAUCAAUUCUUCAUGAUCGCUUUCCUCCACAUUUGGAUCUUCUUGGUUCUUCCCAAUAUGACUCGACGUGCUGCAGUAGUGAAUGGAGUUGCAAAGGCUCUCUAUGUCAUCAAAUCAUGUUACUUCCUCGUAUCGGCUUGGCAAAUUCGUAACGGUUAUCCAGAGUUAUGUAUCGGAAACUUGCUGACACACUCAUACGGAAUGACCAAUAUGAUUGCAUUCAAAGUUUUCAUGAACAUUCCAUUCUUGUUCGAACUCCGAACUGCUAUUGAUUGGACAUGGACAGACACUUCAAUGCCACUUUUCGAUUUCUUCAACAUGGAGAACUUCUAUGCUCACAUCUUCAAUAUCAAAUGUGCCCGACAAUUCGAAGCGGCAUAUCCAGCACCACGUGGAAUCGCAAAAGGAAAACUGGUCAAAUAUAUGAUGGGAUUCCCAAUUAUCAUUGGUGUCGUCAUCUUUAUAUUCUCUCCACUUCUUCUUUGGUCACUUCUCAAUCAAAUCGGAACUAUCAGUAUGCCGGAGAAGGUCAAUUUGAAGAUCUCCAUCGAAGGAUAUCCGCCACUUUAUGAGAUGGAAGCACAAGGAAGAAACCAUGAUAAUAAGGAACUCUCACUGAUAACCCCUGAUCAACUCGGUGUUCUGAAUACUGCAUUAACGGAAUUGUACACAACAAGAGACUCAACGUCAGUUUUAAGAUCAAGAAUGUCGGUUUCAUAUUUGAAAGGAUACACUUAUGAGGAUAUUUUGAUUGUGAGAUUCCGUCCAGAAUCUGAAAUCUAUUGGCCAAUUUCACAAGACUCACGAGAUGCAAUGAUUGACAAAUUGAAUUCUAACAUCACAUCUGUCAAUUUCGAAGUGACACUCGAGUUCACUCGUCCUUACGAUCCAAACGAGAAUGCUGCUCUGAAACAUUCGAAAUCUUGGCUAGUUCCGAUCCCACAAGAUGCGAAAGUGCGUGGAGAUAUCAGAGAAGCUCUUCGUGGAAGUUCUGGUCAUCCGAUCUUGAUUCCCAACUCCAUUCCAGCUUUCAUUCAAGUUCCAAAUGCAGGAGAACUUUCACUUCCAUCUUCAAUUGGAACAUCAAUCACUCAAGACACGACUCCACAAAUCAAUACAACUGGAAUGACGAAUACUCAAAUCUCUCAAGCGUGGUUCGACUCGUUGACACUUCAAUUGGAACAAGGAAACGGAGCAAACGAGAAGAUGUGGAUUGCCACUUCAGAGCAUCCAGGAAAUCCAAAUGAGAAAGUGUGGAUUCCGACUGAAAACACAACAUACUCGCAUAGACCGUACCUUCAAGUUGUUGGAUUCAUUGAUAGAGCUUUCCCAUCGAUUCUCGCGAAAGUAUUCAAAGGAGGAGUCAUUGCAGUCUAUCUCUCAGUCAUUCUAGUCGUCGGAAGAGGUCUCGUUCGUGGAAUAUUCACGACGUCUCCAAGUACGGUGAUGUUCACUGAAUUGCCGAAUGCUGAUCAUCUUCUCAAGAUUUGUCUCGACAUUUAUCUUGUACGAGAAGCCAAGGAUUUCAUGUUAGAACAGGAUCUGUUCGCCAAACUGAUAUUCUUGUUCCGUUCGCCUGCGACACUCAUCGAAUGGACGCGAAUGAGCAAGAAGAAGCAAGAAUAA